AUGAUACACUCAUUCUUAUUGGUCUUUUUCUUGAGUCUUUCUUUGGUGCUAGCUAAGGAAUCAAAUAUUGAUGUUUGGGCAACCCCAAUUACUGACAAGAAUUCGAUUCAAUUUGGCGAAUUAAAAUAUAACAAUGAGUCUAUGGAAGCUUCCUUUAAUUACUUUCCAUCCCAGCAUAUCAGCACAUCAGAGAUCUAUUGCAUUGGAUCUAAAAAAUUGAGUGAUAAUGGAUGUUUUGAUUUAACAAAUUUUAGCUCCGAAGAUCGUCCUCUUCUGGACAAAGGGUUUGUUCUUUAUGUUAAUGAAAUUGGUGAAAUCUUAAGAGUUUCACUCAUAAAUGGAGCGACAGAAACAGUUGUUGUAAGAACUAGAGAUCUUGGUCCAGUACCUAAUUUGAACCCUAAAUCACAAAGGAAUGAACCGCAAAAGAAGGAGAAGAAGAAAAUCAUAAAGAAAGUAGUGAAAGACGAUGCAGGAGAAGAGGUGGUGAUUGAAGAAGAGGAAGACAAUCGAUCAUGGAUUCAGAAAAAUUGGCUCCUCUUGGUUACUCCUUUAAUAUUAUAUUUGCUAGUUACCGAUGAUAAAAAAUGA